CUAAACUCUCACUUCUCUCCAUUAUUAUAUACAAUAUAUGUAGCAACAUUUGCAUAGUACUUGUGUCUAUGAGAUAUUCGAAUUCCACUAGUUCAAUUAAUUUAGAUUCGCGUGAUAUAGUCUUACUAAACAAAAAUAGCUCUUUAUUCUUAAAUUCUUAAUUUCGUGAACUCCAAUUCGAGAUCUCAAAUUAAGAACAGAAGAAUCUCACCCAUCUCAUGCCACUACAAUCCACCGUGAUCCGUUUAAUUCAAAUUCGCAUGGCGUAGACUCACAAAUGGGAGAAAUAACUAUUUACCCAUAAUUUCUCAAUUUUCUGAACUUCAACCCAAAACCGACUUGUGCCCACCUCAACUAGCUAGUUUCACAAAAUACCUGCCACUUGCCACAAGCAACAGAUGGUGGGAAGAGUCUCAUACAUCUCAUCCCACUACAAUUGGUCUUGAGGUUACAUAUCUAAAGAACAUUUUUUUCAUCAAGAUGAGUAACCUUUUCUCCAAGAUUUAUCCACCCUCUUUUAGAUUAAAUCAUCAAAAGUUUCAACAAAAUUCUAGUACAAUAAGAUAUUGCUCCAAUAAUGAUGAAUACUCUAGUAAAGAACAAAAUGGUUGGGUAUUUAGCAGUUUCCCAGAAAAGAACCUAGUACAACAUCAAUAUGGCAUAGUAAAACCACCUAGACCAAAAAGAAUCAUUCUUGUUAGACAUGGAGAAAGUGAAGGAAAUGUUGAUGAAAGUGUUUACACAAGAGUUGCUGAUCCUAAAGUUGGAUUAACAGAAAAAGGGGUAACAGAAGCAGAGAAAUGUGGAAGGAAAAUGAGGGAAAUGAUUGAGAAAAAUGGUGGAGAUGAUUGGAAAGUUUAUUUCUAUGUUUCACCUUAUAAAAGGGGAAUUGAAACAUUGAGAAAUUUGGCGCAGUCUUUUGAACGUUCAAGAAUUGCUGGUGUUAGAGAAGAGCCUCGUUUGAGAGAACAAGAUUUUGGAAAUUUUCAGGACAGAGAACAAAUGAAGAUAGAGAAAGCUGUUCGAGCUCGUUAUGGUCGUUUCUUUUAUAGGUUUCCUAAUGGAGAAUCAGCAGCAGAUGUUUAUGACAGAAUCACAGGGUUCAGGGAAACACUUAGAAAUGAUAUUGACAUAGGAAGAUUUCAACCACCAGGUCAGCAGAGUCCAAAUAUGAACCUUGUUAUAGUUUCACAUGGACUUACUCUAAGGGUGUUCUUGAUGAGAUGGUAUAAAUGGACUGUGGAGCAAUUUGAAGGACUACAUAAUAUGACUAAUGGAGGCAUGAUUGUCAUGGAAAGAGGCUAUGGUGGAAGGUACUGCUUGUCAAUGCACCAUACAAGGGAGGAGUUGCAGAAGUUUGGAAUGACUGAUGAAAUGCUAAUUGACCAAGAAUGGCAAAAGAUAGCCAAGCCAGGUGAACUAAACUAUGAUUGCUUUAUUACUGGACCAUCUUACUUUACUCAUUUUGAUGAUGAAGACAAGAUUUUUGAGUUGUAAGAUUAUCAAGGGAAUUGGAAUCAACAACCAUACUUGGUGAAAAUGCAUCAACUUUUAUGAGAGGAGUUUGAUUCAUAUACACCGCCAGUACAAAGAAUUUCACACUAGCAGCAUAGUCUUGACAUCGGUUAUUUUACCGUGUUAAAUACAUGCUAUCAAUCCCUGUUUCUUGUAAAAAGUUUAUAUGUAAUUGACUCUGAUAAUUUAACGAUUUUAUGUAUAUUAAACAUGGCUUAGUUGAGAGCA